AUGUUAGGUGCAAUCUUUCGAAUUGAAAAAGUAGAUUAUAGUCAACGACAACAAAUAUGGACUGUUCAUUUGUUAUUAUGUAAUCAAGAUAGCUUUGAAUUGAAAGAUUUGAUGUCACAGAUGAAGAAAGAAGUAGGUGAUGAUAUAACUUCAUUUGGAUGGUUGUUGCAUAGACAAGGUGAAUUUCAUAAGGCAACAAAAUAUUUUCAACAAUUAUUAAAUGAACCAUCAUUGAGCGAUUGGGAUAGAAGUGUGUGCUUUCGCGGACUUGGUGGGAUCGCAUUAAAACUGAAAGAAUAUGAUGAAGGAUUAGUUUAUUAUCAUAAGGCACUUCAGCUAUUUAAGAAACUUGGUGCACUGGAACCUAUUGGAAUAAGUUACAUGAGAAUUGGUGAAGGUCACUUCUGGAAAAAUGAACUUGACCUGGCCAUUUCUUAUCAACAAAAAGCCCUUAUUAUUCUUCCUUCAGAUCAUCCUCAUCUAACAGACAUAUACCGUCAAAUGGCUAAUAUUUAUAGUGGUAAAAAUAAAUUCGAUUUAGCUAUCGAGUACUAUGAAAAAUCGUUAAAUAUCGGUAUGAAAGACCUACCCGCCAGUCAUGUUCACUUCGGAGUUACAUAUAGAAAUAUGGGAACAACCUAUCAUAAGAAAGGUGAUGGUAAGAAGGCACUUGAAUGCUAUAACAAAGCACGUAAUAUCUGGUCAAAAUCGCUACCUCUGAAUCAUCCAGAUAUUAAAUUAUUGGAAAACGAUAUUCGUCUUGUAGAAGAAUUAAAGGACUGA